ACGUAAACUCAUAGUACACUACACUACUGUAUACUAUUAUUUAACUCUUAAUGAUAGCCUACAUGGGCUAUUGAUAAUGAUACAAUUUAUAUCGGAUUCAACAGCAAGCUACACAUGCACAUAUCACCUAUGUAGUUAGAUAAAGGAUUUUGUGUAAUCGAAUUUCGAUCAAGGUAAAUUCAUCAUCAGGGCGCGUUUACAUGUUCAAUUGUAGGUUUCGUCAACAUAUUACUCAUCCCUGCUGUAUGUACGCAGAACAAAUGUAUAGAUUCAACGUGCAAUAAUUUCAAAGAUUUUACUGAGUAACAGUUAAUAUAAGGAAAUCAGUCAAUUGAAAUAAAUAAAUUAGGCCCUAAUCUAUGGAUUUCACAUGACUGGGAGUACAGAUAUGCAUCUCUUGGUCACAUAUACCAUAAAAAAAAUAAGGGGCAUGGAUCAGUAAACCAGACCGUAUCUGGUGGGACCAUAAUUUGCCUCAUGCAGUGGGAUACAUCUCCUUCAAAUAGAGUUGAUCAGGCUGUUGAUUGUGGCCUGUGGAAUGUUGUCCCACUCCUCUUCAAUAGCUUUGCGAAGUUGCUGGAUAUCGGCUUGAACUGGAACAUGCUGUUAUACAUGUUUCUCCAGAGCAUCCAAAUGUGCUCUAUUCGGUAACAUGUCUGGUGAGUAUGCAGGCCACAGAAGAACUGGGACAUUUUCAGCUUCCAGUAAUUGUGUACAGAUCCUUGCGACAUGGUGACAUACAUUAUCAUGCUGAAACAUGAGGUGAUGGCAACGGAUGAAUCACAUGGCAAUGGGCCUCAGGAUCUCGUCACCAUAUCUCUGUGCAUUCAAAUUUUCCAUCAAUAAAAUGCAUUUGUGUUUGUUGUUCAUAGCUAAUGCCUGCCCAUACCAUAACCCCACCGCCACCUUGGGGCACUCUGACACUUUGACAUCAGCAAACCUGCAUUCCUGCAGUCAGCACGCUCCCUCAAUUCAAGAGAUCUGUGGCAUUGGGUUGUGUGACAAAACAGUACAUUUUAGAAUGGCCUUUUUUGUCCUUGGCCAUCAGGUGGAUGGAUUAUCUUGGUAAAGGAGAGUGGUUAUGGAUGAUGCCAGAGUUCCACAGUAGGCUGCAUUAUGUUAAGCCUCAAGUCCAAUUUAUUUUAAUGUUUUUCUCUGUAAUAGUAUAAUUUUACUAAGUGAGUUAUUAAUAACUCAGUAAAAUUAUACUAAAAUGAAAAAAACUGUUUAGAGCCAUGUCACACUUCUCAGCACUUCUGUAUUUCAAGAGGAAGUGCUGCCUAACUGUUUUCUCCCUUUGAAAUAAAUCACCCAGAAGUGAAACCCUCCACAUGCCACAUUUGCUUAGUUACACAAAUACAACUUGUUUAAAUAACCAGUUGUGUAGUCUUGGAAUUAUUAUUUAAACACCUUGGCCUCACUAAGUUGAACUAAUUCAAAUGACUCUACAGUCCGGUAAAGAAAGUACACCCAAAGUCCAGAGUCUAGACUGAGAGGAUAAAUCCCAUGCAUUCUCAUUCAGUUUUUCUUUUCAUCUUCCUGCACCUUAUUAGCCAGGUCACGUGUGUGGUUCAUUCACUCAAAUCCACUCCAGUGUCUACUGUCUACAGUUUGACUGGGUUCCCACUCCUCUGGGUGCAUAUCUGAUGGGGUUUGGGGAGGACCUGUGGUGUCCCCAGGCCCACGCGGCCCUGAUGCGGCUGCAGGACUCGGAGCUGCGUCUGAUGGAGGUGAUGAAGAAGUGGAUGAGCCAGCGGUCCAAGAGCGACCGGGAGUUCUCUGUUCAGCUGCACCAGAUGGCUGCCAUGGUUGAGAAACUGGAGGGGCCCCAGCCUGGGGGAGGACUGGACUACAUCAGCCAGCUCAACCAGUCGUGGGGUGUGCUGGUGGCUCAGACUGAGAGUUUGAGUCGUGUGAUGCGGCGGCAGUCUGAGGACCUGCAAGUUGGGCCUCUCAGCAAACUGACCCUGCUGAUCAGAGACAAGCAGCAGCUCAGGAAGACCUACGCAGAGCAGUGGAGCCAGCUCAGCCAGGAGCUCAGCAGGGUGACCCAGACAGAGCUGGAGAGGCUGAAGGCCAGCUAUAGACAGCUGGUGAGGGAUGCAGCACAGGCAAAGAGGAAGUACCAGGAGGCCAGUAAAGAUAAAGAGCGUGAGCGUGCAAGGGAGCGCUAUGUGAAGGCUACUCUGAGGCUCCAUGAGCUUCAUAAUGAGUAUGUGCUGUCAGUCAGAGCAGCCCAGGUGUACCAUCAGCACCACUACAGCCAGGCCCAACCUGCCCUGCUCAUGGCACUACAGAGCCUACAGCAGGAGAUGGUACUCGUACUGAAGGAGAUCCUGCAGGAGUACUAUGACAUGUCCAGUAUGCUCCAACAGGAGGUGGUAUCUGUCCACGAGGAGAUGUCUACUGCUCUGAAGGCCAUAGAGCCACACAAAGAGUACGAGAGUUUCAUCCAUCAGAACAGGUCUGUAGGGGAGGUUCCGGUGUGUGUGGAGUUUGACUCUGGUCUUCUGGAGAACACAGAUCGACUAAAGACUGGAGAGCUGGAACUAAAUGAGCUUACAGUGGAGGGGAUCCAGCACAGGUUGACUGUAGUGGAAGAGGAACUGUUGUCUCUUGCUGGUAAUGUGGUUUCCCAACAGGCCUCAGUCAACCAACUGGAGUUGGAGCUGGAGGCAGAGGAAGAGGGCAUCAAACGGGGUCAGAGGGUUUACCAGUUCAGUAAGAGGCAUGCGCUGGAGGAGAGCCGACAGCAGGUGAUGCUGUCCCUGGGAGCUAGAACCAGGCUGGAGGCACAGAGGUUGCUUUUGAAGGGGAAGCUGGAAUGGCUGGGAUCCAGUGAACCCCCUCCUGCCUUGGGGCUGGAAGAGGACCGUAUCUCCCUGUCCUCCAUCACCUCUAGUGAGAGGGACGGCCUCAGAAACGUCAGUGUGGACGGCAUCAUAGGCCACCUUAGUGGUCUGUUCAAACCCAAAUACACGGUGCCCCCUGCCCUGUCCCCAGUCCCAGAGGUAGAGCGCCCCCUGGAGCAGCAGAACUGGUACCACGGAGUCAUCCCCAGGCUGGAAGUCCAGGAGCUGCUGAGGUGUGAUGGAGACUUCCUGGUCAGACAGAGUCAGGGCAAACAGGAGUAUGUCCUCUCUGUCCACUGGGCUGGCUCUUGCAGGCACUUCCUUAUCCAGAGCACAGACAAUAUGUACCGCCUGGAUGGAGAUGGAUUCCACACCGUUCCCAUGCUGAUGAACCACCUGGUCUCCUCACACCAACAUGUCACCAAGAGGUCCGACAUUGUCCUGAAGAGACCUGUCCUAAAGGACAAGUGGGUUCUGGAACACGAUGAUGUCAUCCUGGGGCAGAGCAUUGGCCGGGGUAACUUUGGAGAGGUGUACAGUGGUCGUCUGCUUUCUGAUAACACCCCUGUAGCUGUGAAAGCCUGCAAAGAGAACCUGGCCCCAGAACACAAGAACAGGUUCCUUAUGGAGGCCAGGAUCCUGAAGCAGUAUGACCAUCCUAACAUAGUGAAGCUGAUUGGUGUCUGCACACAAAAACAACCCAUCUAUAUCAUUAUGGAGCUGAUACAGGGGGGAGACUUCCUGUCCUUCCUGCGCUGUGAAGGUCACAACCUGAAGUCAAAUAUGCUGGUGAAAAUGGCAGAGAAUGUGGCAUCUGGCAUGGAGUAUCUGGAGAGCAAGAAAUGCAUCCACCGGGACCUGGCUGCCCGUAACUGUCUGGUGGGAGAACAUAGCAGGGUGAAGAUCAGUGACUUUGGGAUGUCUCGCGAGCAGCAGGACGGGGUCUACUCUGCCGCGGGGGGCCUCAAACAGAUCCCUGUCAAAUGGACGGCCCCCGAAGCCCUCAACUAUGGGAGGUACACCACGGAGAGUGACGUGUGGAGUUUUGGAGUUCUCCUAUGGGAGAUAUUCUCCAGGGGAGUCACCCCCUACACCAGCAUGACCAACCAGCAGACACGGGACGAGGUGGAGAAAGGAUACCGGAUGCUAGCCCCAAACUCCUGUCCUCCAGAUGUGUAUGCCAUUAUGUGUCGCUGCUGGCAGUACGACUCCAGGAACCGGCCGUCCUUCAGCAAACUCAGGACCGAACUCAGUGCUUUAUACCAGAAACUGUCCUUACUCAAGUGACUUGUUUGAUUCUCUUUUACCUUUUUAUAUGGAGCAGAUGUUGCCUUUAUUUCAUAUUCAUUGAUUAUAGAGAACCAGUUGCUAUGUGAUUUUGAAUUGACCAUAUUUAAGUAGUGAUGAUCCAACAGGCUGUGAGACCACAGGUAAUAUAAGUACACAGGACAUGUGUGUAUUGAAAACAUUGGUACCAUAUUCUACAAAGUAGCAUAUUCUAUAUCUGUUGAAUAUUGCUAUUGUUUACUGUAUUACAUUACUGUAAAUGUACAAAUUAAAUGUUCCUAUUAUAUCAGCUUUAAAGAGUUGAUGGGA